UUUAGCGACUUUGCUUCGGAUUUGUUCUGACUUGCGGAUACCGAGCAAGUUUGCAAAAUAACUUGAUUUAUCCAGUAUUUGACUAUUUUAAUAUAUUUAAGUGACUUCAUUUAAUAUAUAACAAGAUGUCAGUAAUGGAAGAAAAAGAAUCAAAACCAAAGAAGGUUUCGCACGAUGAUGACAAGGUGAUUGACUUUGGCAAGCUUGAGAAGGAGUUGGAUGAAGCAGUUGUAGCAGACGCCAGAUAUUGGCGGGAAAACGAUGCUAAAUUUAGGGCUGUGCAUCAAAAAGUUGCAACUUAUGAUGAAUUUAGAGACAUUGUUUUGGCAUCCCAUCUGAAACCUCUGGAGAAAGAUGACCGUUUAACAGAUAUGAAGUUUACCCAGCCCUGGAAUGUACAUGCAUCAAAGAAAGAAGAUACAGCAAAUAAGCCAGAUCAUGCAGAUAUUCCUAAGGAAACAGUGUACCCUACAUCAGGACAGACCUUUAUACGAGAAUGGAGGAAACUCAACAAAGAAACUUCUCAGCAAUAUUCCUACCUGCUUGAACUUGGCGGAGAAAGACUCGGUAAAAUAUUCAAACCAGAAAUAGGGUUUGGUUUACUCGGGGAGUUUGCACAUUGUUUAAAUUGUGAAUUAAAAGACCAGGAUGUUUGUGAAGUGUUGAAAAUUCUUGAAAAACUGGCAGAAACAAACCGUUUCAAGUUAACACUGGAUUUUUUAAGUAAAAAAGAAAAAGAGGAUAUCAAUGAGUUGUUUGAAAAAAUAAGAAACUCUAAAACAGAAGAAACUGACGACAGUGUGGCAGAUAUAGGGUCAUCAUUGGCUAGUAUUGAAAAACUUUAUGGAAUAAAAAAGUAAUUUCUAACAAAAAUACAUAUCUCUUGAAAUUAAUUUUCAUGGGCCAUAUGAGCGAACAAAGUUCAACUGGAAAUAAAAGAAUUAUAGACAU